AUGUUGCAAGAUGCACAUUAUAUCAGUACCUUUCUCUAUUUAUCCACGAAAAGUUUUCAUAGUAAUCCUGGUAUUCAAGAAAAAGCUCUUAAGUCAGUUAAAAUGGAAAUUAUUAAACGGCAGACAACAAUACUAUCUACUACUCCAUCAUCUGUUCAUACAAAUUCACUUGAUUUUCAAUCGACAACAUCAAAAGGUCUUCUGUCAUACUGUUUUCAUAUACCACAAAAUUUCUUAACAUGGUCAACAAUGCCAUAUGAAUUAGAUGAAUAUAUGCCAUCGAAUGUCCCAUCCAGUGGUUAUGAUGAUGUUUUAUAA